UCAUUCAUUCAUCGUUUUCUUCUGCUUGUGACUGAACGUAGUACUUGCUGCUAAAAUGACAGGUCGUGGAAAGGGAGGUAAAGGACUUGGAAAAGGAGGAGCAAAGCGGCAUCGUAAAGUUCUUCGUGAUAACAUCCAGGGAAUCACGAAGCCUGCAAUUCGUCGUCUUGCCCGUCGUGGAGGCGUAAAGCGUAUUUCUGGCUUGAUCUACGAAGAAACUCGUGGCGUGUUGAAGGUGUUUCUUGAAAAUGUUAUCCGAGAUGCUGUUACCUAUACUGAGCACGCCAAAAGGAAGACCGUCACAGCCAUGGACGUCGUUUAUGCCUUGAAACGCCAAGGCAGAACUCUUUACGGUUUUGGAGGUUAAAUUUGACAUUUUGUCUACCAUCUACUAAAUACAAUCGGCCCUUUUCAGGG